CCCGCUGGCUCGCUCGCUCGCAAGCCCCAGUUCUUUCGUCCGAGCCCAAAGGGGUCCGUUCGGUCGAUCUGCUCGCGAGUGAGUUGACACUGCGGCACACACUGCACAAACGGACUCUCGUUCCCCCCGCCCCGCCCCGCCCGCCUGCCUCGACGAAGCCUGAGCUCGCUCGCUCACAGGAAGGAAGCUCUUUCUCGCCGGAUCUCAGCAGGACUCGAAGGGCAGCUGCUGGAAAUCACGAGAAAUGGCCAUGGCGACAGCACUGGCUGGAAGCAGUCUCAGUGUUGCUGCAACUCUGCAGAAGAACAGCGGUGCUCUGGGUCAGGGAGUGCAGCGUCUGCGCGUGAGCAGCACCCCAACCAAGGCCUCAUGGAAGAAGCUCCAGAUGCCCGCCGUCUCAGCCAUCAAGUCCGAGACGAGCCUCUCGACUGAGGACUUGUCGCUGGGAGCAAGCGCCCUGGCGGGAGCACUCUUCGCCGCCAUGGCCUCAUCCGACUCUGCCAUGGCCGCCCAGCAGAUCGCCUCCCUGGCCGCCGAGGACAACAGAGGCGUCGCCCUCCUGAUCCCCUUGGUCCCAGCCAUCGGUUGGGUGCUGUACAACAUCCUGCAGCCAGGACUGAACCAGAUCAACAAGAUGAGGGGAGUGAAGGGAUUGGUCGCUGGGCUGGGCCUGGGAGCUCUGGGAUCAGUCGCAUUCUCGUCAGAAGCCGAAGCCGCCGUGCAGGAAAUCGGCCAGAUUGCAGACAAUGACAGCAGAGGAAUCCUGCUGCUCGGAGUGCUCAUCCCGGCAGUCGGAUGGGUUCUGUUCAACAUCCUGCAACCCGCUCUGAACCAGAUCAACAAGAUGAGAUCCACCAAGGGAGUGAUCGGCGCAGUCGGGCUCGGAGGACUCGCGUCCGCCCUCUACACUCCCCACGCCGAUGCUGCACAGGAGCUGGCCACCAUCGCCGACAACGACAGCAGAGGAAUUCUGCUGCUGGGAGUCAUCGUCCCUGCAGUUGGAUGGGUGCUGUUCAACAUCCUGCAACCUGCUCUGAACCAGCUCAACAAGAUGAGAUCCACCAAGGGCUUGGUGGGCACCGUGGGAAUCGGCGCCGCCGCUGCCUCCCUGCUCUCUGCCCAGGACGCUGAUGCUGCGCAGGAAUUCGGCCAGUUGGCCGCUGACAACAGGCCCGUGAUCCUGCUGGUUGUGCUCGUGCCCGCCAUCGGCUGGGUGCUGUACAACAUCUUGCGCCCUGCUCUGAACCAGGUCGACAAGAUGAGGAACAAGAAGUGAGAGCAUCCUCAAGUCUCUUUUGUCCCAAGGAAGGUGUAACUAAUUAUCUGUGAAUAGAAGUUGGUAUUUCGGAUCUCCACAGCCUGGACGGUAUGUCAAUCACCAUGAAUUUUGCUAUGAAACGAGGGAAAAGGGUUCUGUUCAAAUUAGUCGAAGUUUCCACGAGUGGGGAUGUCUUGUUUGUCGAUGUCGAGUUGGUAGUCGGGACCCGCCAGACUUUACAAUAAAUCAUCGAGUCAUGACGAGGAGCACAAGUCUAUCUAGCUGAUCAUUGGCACAGGACUGGCGGCGCUUUGUUCUGUGCACUCACUCCGUCAAUUUUUAUUCCCCCAAACAUUCUUAUUCGUAAGAGCUCUCGAAUUGGUGACCUGAGGCACUUGUCUUGUAAUUGUGUGUACCAUGUGUUUUCCACAUUCUGGCAUUUUAAGAAAGGACCUUUGCCAAGCAGCAUCAGCA